GUGGAGGUUCCUUAUCUACAGGCCACAGGCAGCUUUUGAGGCUCUUAUCAGCAGCCACCACAUUGUACGAACACAUCCUCUUGUCCAGCAGGGAGCGGAAAACCCUCCUUGCAUCAUGGUUCCCUCUCUCUCCCUCUCUCUCCCUCUCUCUCUCUCUUCCCCCUUGUCUCUCUCUCCCACCUCACACUUGCCUGUACCAGACUCUCUGCGACUGGCAACCAACUCGAGCAUUGUGUCUUCUUGGCGAAGAGCGUGAGGGAUAGACCGAACAGUGAAAAUGAGAGAGAAGAGUGACAGAGAGGGGUCUCACCUGAGCACGAGGAGUUAUGUUGACUGGUGUCGGACAGUUUGGCUCCAUCUCUGACCUCAGGGACUGACAGACAGUGACAGACUGCAGAGGAGUGUGAGCGACCUGAAGGAGGAGGAGUAGUGGAGGAGGAGGAGGAGGAGAAAGACGUUAAACACUGAGGAGAUAAAACAUGUGCGUUCACACAUCACUGGAACUCUGAUGGAUUUUACAGGACAAACAGAUGGAUGUCAUCAUGUGUCUACUCUUUGAUACCAAUCCAAUCUUCCCUGGUCUGGGAUGUUCUGAAUGCUUUAAAGGAUUUUGACUCACAUCCUCAAACUAAGCGCAGACGGACAUAUAGACUGAAGGACUCAUCAAGAGCAGCCACCGGGGACUCGUCCGAAAAGUUGAAUCCGCCGCUCAGGAUGUACUGUCAGGAAAAUAGAGUCAUCCAGUUCAAAUCUGACCAAAAAAACCCACUUCAGCUCUGCGCUGCAUGCACCCACAGACAACACUAGAGAAGAAGCUCUUCAUUCAUGACUGCAACACGGAUAUAAAUAUAUUUUGUUUCAUUUUGCGUUUCUAUAAUCAUCCAGCGGGGGAUGGAUUGAAGACUCAAAUGGUGACCCUGUGUGGCGGCAAAAAGACCAACUGACAAUUCUAUAUGUUAGAGCAAGAAAAAAGCUGCACAGUCUGCAGGAAAGUGGAGCAAAGGAAAAGGAAAUAAAGAACUUCCAGUCACCUUUAAGGGAAAUACACAAAGGUUGGGCUGUGAGAGAUUUAAAAGGCUUUAGCUGCAGGUGGAACAUGUUAGUAACUCUCAUACACAUAUAAAGACACCCAGCUCACAGCACGUGGGCAGCAGAGAGAACUAGACUGUGGGAUUCCCUCUGGGGCUUCACCAUCAUGAUGGAGAAGCUGAAGCCCACCACUCCACCCACCUCACCCCCGAACCGAUCUCGACCCUCUUCCUCCUCCUCCUCUUUCUCUGCCUCCUCGCCCACGUGUGGGUCCGUGGAGCAGCACAGCCCCUCGGAGAACCAGACUUCAGCUAUCAGCAGCCCGUGUCCUGCUAAGAGGACAGGGCCCAGGGGACACACAGAUGUCCCUAACACUGUCUCCAUUCAGUCCUCCAUCACCACAACAACGUCGUUGGCCAAUCACUGUGCGGAUAAAGCUGUUGCGCUUGAGCCCAUCACCAUGGAGACCAAGCAAGAGCAGGGGGAGAAGCAAGAAGGAGGAAAGAGCACAACGGCCCCUGGUGCUACCUGCUACAGGUCCCCAACUCUGUCUUCUCCUCCUCCGCUCCUCCCAGCUCCGGCCAAGACAUCUCCGUGUACGCUCCCACCUCCAACCGCUAUAUCAUCAUCCUCAUCAUCCUCUCCUCUUCCUCCCUACAUUCCGGUCAUCAGUCUCGGUCACAGCAAGCCACCUCUGCCGCUGCCCAACACCCCUCUGACCGCCCUCCAUCCGAUCCCCGGCCUCCUGCACAGGCCUCAUGGGGGCAUUCGCCGCGGCCAUCAGACCUGUUUGACUGUGGCGUGCACUGGGGGUCCUGGAGGUCCCUCAGCUCACUCCCCGGGGUCCCUGCUGCCUCAGCAGUACCUGCCAGCACACGCCUUCUUCAGCAGCUCAUACCUGGGUCCCUCAGGAGGAAACUAUGGCGUCCUCAACAACAGCCGCAUCAAGAGGAGGCCGUCGUCACACUUUGAGAUGGAGAUCAAUGACUCAGGCCCCCCUCAGAAAAUCGCUCGUCGCGUCUUCACCAACAGUCGUGAGCGCUGGCGGCAGCAGAACGUGAACGGGGCUUUCUCUGAGCUCAGGAAACUCAUUCCCACUCACCCACCGGACAAGAAGCUCAGCAAGAAUGAAAUCCUGCGACUGGCAGUAAAGUACAUCAACUUCCUGGUCACUCUGCUCAACGACCAGGCCGAGGACAAGAGCCAAGACUCCGCUGAGGAGGAGGAGGCUGAGGAUGAAGGUACGGCAGAAGGCUCGGACAGCAAUAAACUGAACUCCCCUUUUCGGUCCCGCGCCGCUCUGCCGCCCUCGGCCAUCGUGGCAAAAGCCCGCAGAGACUCCACAGACUCAGUUGUUGCCCUGGCUAAUUCCCCAGUGACAUCCAGUUGCUAUGGUGACACGGACAGUGAAGAAAGCUUUGGGGCUAAGACCUCUUUGGUGACCCAAGGUAUUCUGGGAAAGGUCAAGGGUCAGAUGAGAAUGGUGGCUGCCGCGAACGAUGAGAGGUGACCCCGGAGAGGUGCAAACAAAGAAGUGUGCAGCCGGCGGGAGUUUAGCUGCCACACUGACGGAGAAAGACAGGACGAUGGUCUGAGAGAGUUCCCGGAGCCGGCAUGGUUCACUCCUCACAUGCUGCUCCAGCUUCACCUCCCAAAUCAUGUGAAUAAGAGGACGACUCGCUGUUGGUGAUAUUUUGCCAUUUUAACUGUCUCUAUAUUGAUUGAUUACAAGGCUCUGUGUUUUCAAAAAGUCUGCAGGAGGCUGACAGACAUGCAUUCUAUUUUCUGUUGUUUAUUUCCAAAAUAAUGUGUUCUGUGGUUAACAUUACACCACAGUGUCAAACCAUUGGAGUUCAUCAUGUGGCUGAUUUAUGCAGAACAGAAUCCUGGAAAUAUAGUUACAUAAUAUUUCAGGCUGGAUUGAUGUUCUAACAUGUUUUAAUAAUAAAAAAUCUAAUAAUCAGGAUCUUGAAUCCCCAAUCUGUCUCCCCCCAACAACAAUGUAGAAUCUCUAAAAAGAUAUGGGAUGAUCAUGACACACUCUGAAACUGAGAGAAGGUGUUUAACAGCUUGAAAUGUAAUUUAAUCAAAUAAUCUAAUGAAAGCAUGUUAAAAUAUCUACUCAAGAAAUGUAUGGGAAUCUUUACUUCCUCCAUGUUGAGCUCAAUUGUUGGAGGAGUUGAUUUCCAUGUGAUUGACAUGUGAUUGGACCUUACUUCAACUAAGAGCAAACUAUAGAUUAGGAGCAAAUGCCUCUGCCUCCAGGAUCCUAGCUCAGUUUCAGAUCAGAGCUGCAUGUCAACACUGCUGAAGAUCCUGUGAUUGGCAAACCUCAUGAUCGUGGCAAUCUCAGAAAAACUGCGUGUUGUAGACUUAACUCUGAAAUAACAGACAGUUGUCCCUUUAAAAUUCAAGUUUCAACAUUUCAGACCUGUAAAUUCACCUCUGUUCAGAUCACAUAAAAUGUUUCGAAGCAGGCAAACAAACUGAUGCACUUGGAGAACAGGGAUUCAUUUAAGAUUCCGAGAAUGUGUUGUAAAAACUCUGCAAUCAAGAGAACUGCAGUUUUGAAAAAGGGAAACUCAAAUAGUAAGUAACAUUGGCAGAGAUUAGUGUUUUAUUUUUCAGCCUAUCACAACAUUGUGCAACCUUUCAACGCCUUUUUUUCAGUUGCAGAAAAUGUCAUCAUUUAUAUCCCAUAAAAAGAGGGUUCAAAGACUUUCAGUGAAAAUGCAGCCUCAGGUGUUUCUAUGUUAAUAAGCAGCAUCUCCUCUGUUGUGCGUUUGAAGAAAUGCAAGACACGCAUUCCUGCAUUUCAGUGUUGCAGUUUUGGACGUUCCUGCUGUCUUCACUGUCAGGGAAGCAGGGCCGAUGGUCCCGCCCUGACAUUGUGACACACUUGUACCAGACAGAAAUAAAGUGCGUCUCAGUUUGCUGUUCCUUA